GUUUUUUUGGCCUGUGUGAUGGUGGCCCAUGGUGGUUUGCUGGCUGGUGGUAUCCUGCAACCAACAAUCUUAACAAAGACACUGGAACCUGCCGAUACUAUACCCAAAUACACAUUCAGCUACCAAGUAAACGAUCCCACAACUGGCGAUAUUAAGAGUCAAGAGGAAUCCCGUGAUGGAGAUAUUGUAAAGGGUUCAUAUGCCUUGGUUGAUCCUGAUGGUUUGUUGAGAGUGGUUCAGUACACUUCUGAUGGAAUAAAUGGAUUCAAUGCUGUAGUCUCGAGAACUCCUUCAGGCAUCAAGAUCCCUGUUGUAAAGACUAUUCAACCAGCUCUCAUUAAGACUAUUCCUUCAAUUAUUCAAUCACCAAUCUCAAGAAUCUCAUCUCUUGGACUUGGAUCAUUAGGUUUGAUCCAACAUUAAUCCCAGUUAAAAAAAAGACAUGCCAAAAAUGACGAAUGCAG